UUAUUGUUUCAUUUAUUACAUACAAAUUAAUAAGGAAGAAAAGUUGGGGAAAUAAUGCAAGCUGUAAAAGAUAAAAUCAAGGAAAUAAGUUACAUACGCAAAGCAAAAGGUGAGGCCAAGGAACAAGAAAAGGAUGAAAAAGGGUUAGCAAAUGCUAAAAAGAAUAUAGCAAAAGAAGUAAGAAAGGCUAAAGAGGCUGAAGAACAGAUGGAUAUCCAUAUUGCCAAGGCAGAAAAGAUAGCCGAGAAAGAAAUGGCUAAGCACGCAACUCGCUUACAACACCUACAACAUGAUUAGAGAUAUCCCAUGUGUGGGUAGUGGAGGUUUUGAAUUUUGACCAUGUACAAAAUAUUUAACUGAAUAUGAUCAAAUAAAAUAAAGGUAUAAAAUGUUAAUUUAAAUUAAUUUGAUUUUUAAUGUUUUAAGGUCUAAAUCUUUAUAAAAUGUAAAUGAAUAGGGCCAAAACAUUAUUUUAUAUUUUAUCCCAUUUUUGAUUUUGGUACCAGGCUCAUUUAAUAUAGGUAUGUAUGUAGUGUAGGGUUGUUUAUUUGUGCAUAAUAUAUAUUGGUUAUGAAUUGUCAAAAAGA